AAUAUGGAAGUAACACGGGUGAUUUGUUUUUUCUUUGUUUCGUUGAGUCGCCGUUUCCUCCAAAUUUAAACUCCGACAGUGAAGCCAAUGUAGCCGAGUUACGGACGGUAGCCAUUUAUUUCGACUUUUUUUUUUUACUCCCGCGGAUACGCCGUUCUACUUAAAGAUUAGUGUUUAGAACAGUGGACGGGAUGCGUAUAGAGUCAAUAAAUUCCUUCCCACCUAGAGAGUUACCGAUCGCGCGUCACUACCAACAACAGAAUUAGAAAGUCAGCUCUAGGCGUGACCAGACUGUAUCGAUCGUUACGAUCGAUUCUCGAGUACAGUCUAAGCCAUUUCUAUCUGGCAUGUCGUCCUGCACCCCCUUAAAAGAAAAGUGACUUGUCAAACGUUCGAGUGUAAUUAAACACUCUAUAACGUCUCUACUAAUGUAAGGUGUUCGGACAAAAUGGAAAAGUCGUGGAAAGACAUUGAGCAGAAUUUCUAUUCCGCUUGAACAAUUGCACGCAACGAUGCUGUCGACUCCAAUAAUGAGAUCGAGUGAAACGCUUUUGACCCCUCGUCCAAUCACUAAAGCUGUUUCGAAAACCAGAAAUAACCCGGAAAACAAUGCGUCGUCCAAUCGGCAUUCGCCUCAAGAACAACGAUUGACAAAAAAUCAACUAAUAGGAUGGACCGUUAUAUUAGGCAUAUCGUUUACUUUCGUGUGUACGUCGUUCGCGGCGUUACAAAAUAUUUUAAGUUCUUUGUUUAUAGAAAGUGGCAUCGGUGUUAAAUCACUAAUCUGCGUGUACGCUGUGGCUGCCAUAUCACCCCUCUACAGCCAAUUCUUCGUCAAUAGAUUAACACCCAAUUGGGUCAUUGUGGUAUCUUUCGUCAUGACGGCCCUAUAUAUCACCGUUUAUUUUUAUCCUCGUAUAUAUACCCUUACGGCCGCUGGUAUACUUUUAGGUCUACUUUUAGGCCCGCUACGCUGCGCUUCGACGUCAUUUCUGGUACAGACUGCUGGUAAAUUGACAGCUUCCUCUACAGACGUCAGCCGCGAGUUAACGAUAAGACGUCAGUUCGGGCACUUCACCAUUUUUAUCAACUCUGGUCAAGUAUGGGGUAAUUUACUGACGUCGUUGUUGCUUCACUACGGCGACGAUAUUUAUAUCUAUCCGACCGGCCCUAAACUUACUAAUGGUCCGAGUUCGGACUUCUCUCCACCUGUAAAUGUUGCCAAUCCGUCUUUAUCCCGAACAAUGGUCAAUCCGUCUUUGUGUAACGCCGAUCAUUGUAAGAAGUGGGAAGUGUUUCGAAAUUCCAUACCAUUCGCCUUCAUCGUGCCUUCUAACGUCUCUUUGAUGUUGAUAAGUGUUUAUUUAGGUUUAGCAUUUGUUGGUGUGGCUUUAGCAACUAGUCUUCUGGAUAAAUUUGACAUACGAGAAGAAGGAGCGGAGAGAGUUACAUUUGUAGAAACAGCAAAAAGUUACCUUCUCUCCUUUAUCGAUCCUCAAUUGAGAUUGGUUUUUCCACUUAUUUUCUUCUGUGGUCUGCAGUACGGUUUUAUAGUUGCCGAUUUUACAAGGUCUUACAUCAGUUGCUCUUUAGGAAUGGAAGCCGUAGGUUAUGCCUUGAUGAUAAUGGGAUUGACACAUACUUUGAGUGCUUUCCUUGUUUAUCAGGUACCUAAAUGUAUCAAUCGAUUAAUAAUUGCAUUCGUGGGGUUUUCGUUUCACGGAGGACUGCUUACAAUUUUAUGGUUAUGGAGACCUAUCAAAGAAGAUAUUGUAAUAUUCAAUAUCAUCACAGCCGUUUGGGGAGUGUGCAGCGCAAUCUGGGAGGCACUAACUACGUCUUUUAUCAUCAAGACAUCCGGCAACGAUCUCCAUCCCGCUUUGCUCUCCCAUUACAGUAUUUUGAGCCUGGCUUUGUCGUUGGCAUUUGCAUCCAGCUUUUAUCUCUGCACCGAAAUUAAAUUGUAUAUUUUAAUAUCGACGCUCAUUUUGUCUAUUGGACCAUACAGUUUGGCAGAAUAUCGUCUUCAUCAGCAAAAUAAAACUCAAGAAAGGACAGCUGUGCUGUGACAUAUAAUAAGUAAUAUCGUACGUGUUGUUUCGUGUCUUGUGAAGCACAGAAUAAACAUACAUAUCGGUCACAAUGCAAGUUUAAAUUCAUGGCAGAGAUUUUAUCGUGUUUCAUGCUGUCUUGUAAAUUUUUCUUGGUUGAAGAAAGAAAAGAUGUUGAAGAAAAAGUGUAAAUAAAUAUUCAUAAAAAUUACAUUUUCUCAAAUUUUUUCCAUUUUAAAAU